AACUAAUCGUUGUUUCAAAUUCGGCCAACUUCAGUUAUAAGUCGUGAUCGGUCUUCGGAUCGUUGUCUUUUUUAAAAAAAUUAAAAAUGAUUAUAACUUUUAAAUCUUGUCAAAUAUUAACGAAAUGUCAUCAAAAUACAAUCAUUCGAUUUCCACGAAUAUAUUUAUCAACGCAAGAACACAAAACUGAGAAGAAAUGGAAACCUACUAUUGGCUUAGAAAUUCAUGCACAAAUAUCAACAAAUUCGAAAUUGUUUUCUUCUGCUUCUACAAUGUUUCAAAAGCCUGUUAAUUCUGCUGUAUCUUAUUUCGAUUGCGCAACUCCAGGAACAAUGCCGGUGCUUAAUCGAAAAUGUGUUGAAGCAGGUAUUAGCACUGCCUUAGCGUUAUCUUGUACAUUAAAUGAGAUUUCAGUAUUUGAAAGAAAACAUUACUUUUAUGCAGAUUUACCGGCUGGAUAUCAAAUUACACAAUGUAAACAACCAUUGGCUAUUAAUGGCAAAUUAUCUUUCUUAGUAGAGGAUCCAGAGACACAUGGAGAACUGUAUGCAAAAACGUCAAAAAUAAAACAAAUACAAUUGGAACAAGAUAGUGGGCGAAGUUUUCAUGAUGAAUCCAUUGGAAGGAAUCUCAUAGAUCUAAAUCGUGCAGGUGUACCAUUAAUGGAAUUGGUUUUUGAACCAGAUUUAAACAAUGGAGAGGAAGCAGCAGCUGCUGUAAAAGAACUUGUGAACAUUUUUAAAAUAUUGGGCACUUGCUCAUGUAAAAUGGAAGAAGGAGCAUUCAGAAUUGAUGCAAAUGUUUCUGUAAGUAAUGAUGAUAAUUUAGGUGUUCGUACAGAAUUAAAAAAUAUUGCUCACGUACGUGCUGUUGCCUCGGCCAUAAAAUAUGAGAUAAAUCGGCAGAUUUCAAUUUUAGAAAGUGGACAGUUAGUUUUUAAUGAAACCAGGGCAUGGGAUAGUGUAAACAAGAAAACAAUUCCAUUACGAGAAAAAGAGGAAAAACAGGAUUAUCGGUUCAUGCCUGAGACUGAUCUUCUUCCUCUACGAAUAUGCCUCGAUAAUACUGAAAAUAAAUAUAAUUUAGUAGAUGUCGCUACAUUAAGAGAACAAUUACCUGAAUUACCACAUGAAAAACGCAGGAAGUUGAAAGAAAUAUAUAAUCUCAAGGAUCGUUUAAUUUUCCAAAUAGGUAAUGAAUUAAAAUUUUUGGAAUUAUUUUUUGAUAUAAUUAAAAGAAACAAAAAUCUUGAUCCAAACAUGACAGCAAAUUUCAUCAUAAAUACUUUACAAUUAUUUUUAAAUACAAAUGAUUUAAAUUUUGAUUAUUGUAAGAAUAACAUAGAAAAUAUUUCAAAAUUGCUUGAUUUGUACCAAUCUAAACAAGUUAAUGUGGCAAUAGCAAUAAAAGUAUUACAUUAUUUAAAUGUUAAAUCGGAUAAAAAUCCCAGUCAGAUUAUUAAAGAGAACAACUGGAUAUUAAUAAGUGAUGAAAACGAACUAGAAAUUAUAUGUAACAGAAUUAUUAAAGAAAAUCCAAAAAUCGCAAAAAAAUAUAAAACUGGGAAACGGAAAGUAUUUAAAACAUUGUUACAAAAAGUAGCUGGAAGUACAAAUGAAUGUGCUGACAUGAAUAAAGUAGUGUUAAUUAUGAACAGAUUAUUAGAUUCCUAAGAAAGAUGUAUAUAUUUAUGAACUUACCUGAUAUAUAUAUAUAUAUAUAUAUAUAUAUAUAU